UAUUUGCUCACUUCUUCAUUAUCUUCAAAAAAAUGUCUCUCGCCAAUUCUUGUGCACUGCUCCUCCCCUUCUUUCUUACUCUCUCCCUCUACAUCACCUUCUCCACCGCUGCUAAUACCAUCGGUGUAACCCACACGACAGUGGCUGUGGCUGCUGACAAUGUCCCCUUACCAAAGAAAGUUGCCACCUUCCUCCCUAGCGAUAUUUCUCCACCUACUGAGAAGUAUUGGUACUCAAGGUUGCCCAACACUCCAUUGCCAAAAGCCCUGAGAUAUCUUCUACAACCUGGUCAUUAUCCUUCAAUCACCAGAGAAUUCGCUAAUGAAAACGUAAGUGCUGCUGUUAUCCUAAGAAGAUAUAGAAUAACUUAUAGCAAACGAGGCUACAAAAGAGGCGAUAAAAAAUCCCUAAACUCUGCCCUCCCUGACUCAACGAUAUUCUACCAGUACGACGAUCUCCAUCCAGGUAAAAAAAUGAAAGUUCUUUUUACGGAUAGUGGAACCAAGGUUAGUUUCUUGCCCCGUCAAGUCGCAGAGUCUAUACCAUUUUCGAGUGACAAAAUACCAGAGAUUUUGAAGUACUUUGCACUAGAAGUCAACUCAAAAGAGGCUCAGGUUAUCAGAGAAGAAAUAGGAGGAUGCGAGGAGCCAAAGAUGGAAGGAGAAGACAAAUAUUGUGCUACAUCUCUAGAGUCAUUAAUUGAUUUUACUGUUGAAAGGCUUGGCCAAAAUGUUCGGGUACUCUCGACUGAAGCAGGCAAGAAGCAAGAGUAUACGGUUUCAGCCGAAGUGAGAAUGAUUGGAGAUCAUAAAGCAGCAGUGUGUCACAAGAUGAGAUAUCCUUAUGCAGUGCACUAUUGCCAUGUAAUCGCAGACACAGAGGUUGAUGAGGUUCCAUUAGUGGGUGCUGAUGGCACAAAAGUGAAAGCUGUAACGGUUUGCCACCUCAACACAUCAGCUUGGAGUCCAGACCAUAUGGCGUUUCAAGUUCUCAAAAUUAAACCAGGACCUGCUGUUUGUCACUUUCUAGAUAGUGAUACUCUCGUUUGGGUGCCAAAGAAGGAUAAAAAAAUGACUCCAUGACCAUAGGUAAAAGCUUGGUAUUGAUCAGCAGAGGGCUUUAAUAAGUUUGCUGCCUUGCUGUCGUUGCUGUUUAUAAUAUGCAUGUACUUCCGUCCCUUUCCCUGUUGUCGUUGCUGGUUAUAAUAUGUAUGUACUUCCGUCCC